AUGUGGAGCGACCUCAAAAAGCUCGGCGAAGGACGGAGUGACGCCAAAUCCCUUGACCCAAGGCUGACAGCUGGCCGCUUUGUUCUCCAAAACGGACGCAUUCAUCCUCUGCGAAUAGACAGAACCAGUGCACCUUUCCGCAGCGAGAACAUCACGGCGAACCCACAGCGCUUAGCUCUGUCGUUGUGGUAUACCUGGGGCAUGAUUUCGCUUGGAGAGAUCUUCAUCAUCUUCGGCGCUCUCAGCUCUGCAGGGACCGUGCCGGUGAAGUUUCUCUGGCUGUCCACCGCUAUGGUAGUCAUCUACAAGAUGUGA